AUGAGCGCGGGCGGUGGGAUGGAUUCAUUGCUUCCUUCAUAUGUCCACUGGGUACAAAAGAGAUCUCUUCUGCAACCAAGCAAGCUUGUGGCAGAGGCAUGGCUGGCUUUGCUUCCAAGUUGCAUCUCGGAACAGCCUUCUCCUUGGAAAGGAAGGGAGGAUGCAUUCCAUGGGGAGGCUGCUGGAUCCCACAUGUUGGCAGUAGCUAGCAGGUACUCCAAAACUCUUAUCUCACAUUCUAAUCGCUCCCGUUCGAUCGCGCUCUCUCCCUCGGGCUCGUCGGCCUCUCCUCCCUCGCUUGUUCCCUCUCCCUCCCUCCGGCCCUCGUCUCUCGCUGCACCCGUGCACUCAACCGCUUGCUCUCUACCCGCCUCUACCACCUACCACCGUUACAUUACCCUUCCCGCCUCCCCGGAUCGUCUCCUCUCCACCCUACAGUCCUUCAAGGGCCUCACCGCCCUCCCCAACCUCGCCGCCGCCAUUGCUUCCUUCCCUGUCCACCUCCGACUCCGACAAACCCCACCCUCAUUCCCACCCUUCCGACCCAAAGUCCGGCCCUGUCCCUGGCAACGACCUCCUCCGUUCCCCCAACCUCCCCUUGCUAAAGGUCAGGCUGCAUCAGUGGAGGCUGCGAUCGCGUUGCUCAAAGUAAGAUGGAAGAUACUUCGGAACCUCAACGUAGGGCUUGACCAUGCUGCCCAGACGGUGGUCGCAUGUGUGGUGCUGCACAAUAUGUGUCAGUUUACCAAGGGGCCAGAAGACGAAGGAAGGUACAUGUGGAGGGAUUCGCUGGAGAGCCCUCAGCUAGCCAGCCUGGUGGAUAGCGAGCGAUCGCUUAACUACUUGGGUGAGAGCUUGAGGGAGGCAUUGGCGGAAGAUCUCUAUGAGGAAGCUUGUCUCAGGAGCAAGGUAAAUAUUGUGCAGCCAACAGGGGCAUCAUUUAUCGGCCCCAUUGCUAGCUGCAAUCUAAUUGGUGAUUCUGUUGCCACGCCAUGAAGGGGACCUGCAGGACCACUCAGUGAGGGGACCGGGCUACUCAUCUUGUGUGAUCGAUAUUUCACGGUAUCUCCUGCACUUGUGAAUGAAGCUUCUGGCACGUUGCCAUGAGACAACUGUUCUCCACUAUAAUUCUGACUCCUUUACUUUCACCAACUGAGUUCACAAUGGGCAUCUCUUACACUUGCGAAAGCGGCAGCCGGGACCUCAUCAAUGGCUUCUGUUCUCCCAGACAUGGUUCCAGCUAUACUAUUCAUUCCACUUGAGUUGUCAACUGAGGCACCUUUUGGAUAAGGAAAGCUUGGGGAAGAUACCCUCUCCAGAAUCACGAUAAGUUCCUUGGUGAUCUUUGUGCACAGUUUUCUGUAGCUUUAACUUAUGUGGAUUCCACGAAAGGGACUGGUUGCAACA